ACAGUCGACUAAAUUCAUGGUUUGUUUUCUGGUUUGAACAAGUCGGGGCAAAAUGGGAAAUAAACUGAUCACCAAGGUGUUUAAUGAUCCCAUCCAUGGUAGCAUAGAGUUACACCCACUCCUCAUCAAGAUCAUUGACACACCUCAGUUCCAGAGACUUCGAUUCAUAAAGCAGCUUGGAGGUGUCUACUUUGUUUACCCUGGAGCGUCUCACAACCGCUUUGAACACUCAAUCGGGGUGGGAUACUUAGCAGGAAAACUUGCUGAGGCUCUCAGGUCAAGGCAGCCGGAUCUCAGCAUCACUGACAGAGACGUCCUUUGUGUUCAGAUUGCUGGCCUCUGUCAUGACCUGGGUCAUGGACCCUUUUCCAUCUGUAUGAUGGACUGUUCCUCCCCAAAGCACUGGAAAAAAAGAGGAAAUUAA